AUGGGCUCUGAUAAGCAGCCUGCAGGUCUUCUUGAUACACUCAAAAUGGAGAGGGUUAGAACUAUAUUUACCCACACUUAUCCUUACCCUCACGAGCAUUCUCGCCACGCUGUAAUUGCUGUUGCAGUGGGUUGCCUUUUUUUCAUCUCAUCCGACAAUAUACAUACUCUAGUAGAAAAAUUAGACAACAAUGUUAAAUGGUGGUCUAUGUAUGGCUGCUUGUUUGGGUUCUUUUAUUUCUUUUCAUCGCCAUUUGUAGGCAAGACUAUCAAGCCGAGUUAUUCAAAUUUCAGUCGAUGGUACAUAGCCUGGAUUUUAGUGGCUGCAGUGUACCAUCUUCCUAGUUUUCAGUCAAUGGGGGUGGAUAUGAGGAUGAAUCUAUCUUUGUUUUUGACAAUAUAUAUUUCAUCCAUUGUGUUUCUUAUUGUUUUCCACAUUCUUUUUUAUGGUCUCUGGUAUAUUGGCUUGGUUUCACGUGUGGCUGGAAAGAGACCAGAGAUCUUGGCCAUUCUUCAAAAUUGCGCUGUACUUAGUGUAGCAUGCUGUGUAUUUUAUAGUCAUUGUGGAAACCGUGCCAUGUUAAGAGAAAAACCGCUUGACCCUCAAAAAAGUUCAACCUGGCUUCCUUUUUGGAAGAAAGAAGAGAGAAACACAUGGCUUGCAAAGUUUCUUCAGAUGAAUGAGUUGAAGGACCAGGUUUGCUCAUCUUGGUUUGCUCCAGUUGGAUAUGCAAGUGAUUAUCCUCUUUUGUCAAAGUGGGUUAUUUAUGGAGAGAUAGCCUGCAAUGGUUCAUGUCCUGGUUCAUCAGAUGAGAUUUCCCCCAUCUACUCACUUUGGGCUACGUUUAUUGGGCUCUACAUUGCAAACUAUGUGGUUGAAAGGUCAACAGGUUGGGCUCUCGCUCACCCUCUUUCUGUUAAAGAAUUUGAGAAGUUGAAGAAGAAGCAGAUGAAGCCUGACUUUUUGGAUAUGGUUCCUUGGUACUCUGGAACAUCUGCUGAUUUAUUCAAAACUGUUUUUGAUCUUCUAGUAUCUGUGACGGUGUUCGUUGGCCGUUUUGACAUGCGAAUGAUGCAGGCAGCAAUGAUUAGGGCUGAAGAUGGAAAGCAGCAUCGCGACCUUUUUUAUGAUCAUUUUAGUGAUAAGGAAGAUUUUUGGUUUGACUUUAUGGCUGAUACCGGUGAUGGUGGGAACUCAUCUUAUUCUGUUGCACGGCUACUUGCAAAGCCUUCAAUUCGUACAAUGAAAGAUGAUGCUCAGGUUACCCUACCACGUGGUAACCUGCUACUUAUCGGGGGUGACCUUGCGUAUCCGAAUCCAUCAACAUUUACAUAUGAAAGGCGUCUGUUUGUUCCCUUUGAGUAUGCACUCCAACCUCCCCCUUCAUAUAAUGCUGAGCAGAUAGCCGUGAAUAAGCCCUUUGGUGAUCAACUGAGACAGUAUGAUGGACCUCAGUGCUUCGUUAUUCCUGGAAACCAUGACUGGUUUGAUGGACUUCAGACUUUUAUGAGGUAUAUCUGUCAUAGGAGUUGGUUAGGUGGAUGGCUCAUGCCACAGAAAAAGAGUUACUUUGCUUUGCAACUCCCUAAGCGGUGGUGGGUUUUUGGGCUUGAUCUUGCUCUUCAUGAUGAUAUUGAUGUGUACCAAUUCAAAUUCUUUACUGAGCUGAUAACGGAAAAGGUUCAAGAGAAUGACAAUGUGAUCAUUGUAACUCAUGAGCCUAAUUGGCUUUCUGACUGGUAUUGGAGCGAUGUUACUGGGAAGAAUAUUUCACAUCUGGUUCGUGAUUAUUUGAAAGGAAGAUGUAAGCUUCGGAUGGCUGGGGACUUGCAUCACUACAUGCGUCAUUCACAUGUAAAGUCAGAUGGACCUGUUCACGUCCACCAUCUUCUUGUAAAUGGUUGUGGUGGAGCUUUUUUACAUCCUACCCAUGUUUUCAGUAAAUUUAGUAAAUUUGACGGAGUUUCCUAUGAAUGCAAAGCUGCAUAUCCUUCCUUUGAAGAUUCAAGCAGGAUUGCAUUAGGAAAUAUCCUUAAAUUUCGGAAGAAGAACUGGCAAUUUGAUUUUAUUGGCGGCAUCAUAUAUUUUGUCCUAGUAUUUUCAAUGUUUCCGCAAUGUGAGUUGAAUCACAUUCUCCAAGAUGAUACAUUUUCAAGUCAAUUAAGCAGUUUCUUUGGUACUGUGUGGAACGGAUUUAUAUAUAUCCUUCAACACUCUCGCGUGUCAUUUGUGGGAGCUUUAGUAUUACUAAUUUCCGCAUACUCUUUUGUUCCACCAAAGUUGUCACGGAAGAAACGAGCAAUGAUUGGAGUUCUUCAUGUUUCUGCUCAUCUUGCUGCAGCUCUGAUUCUUAUGUUACUUCUUGAAAUAGGCAUUGAAAUAUGCAUCCGGCAUAAGUUGCUGGCAAAUUCAGGUUAUCACUCGUUAUAUCAGUGGUAUCAAUCGGUGGAAAGUGAACAUUUUCCGGAUCCAACUGGCCUCAGAGCUCGUAUUGAACAAUGGACAUUUGGUUUUUAUCCAGCAUGUAUCAAGUAUUUAAUGUCCGCUUUUGAUGUGCCAGAGGUCAUGGCAGUCUCUCGGAACAAUAUUUGCAAAAAUGGAUUAGACUCUAUUUCUCGAGGGGGUGCCGUAAUCUAUUACGCUUCCGUCUUCCUUUACUUUUGGGUUUUCUCGACUCCGGUUGUUUCUUUAGUGUUUGGAAGCUACUUAUAUAUUUGCAUUAACUGGCUUCACUUACACUUUGACGAAGCCUUCUCCUCUCUCAGAAUAGCUAAUUACAAAUCAUUCACACGAUUUCACAUCAGUUCUGAUGGUAAUCUUGAAGUUUUUACUCUCGCAGUUGAUAAGGUUCCUAAGGAGUGGAAGCUUGAUUCUGAUUGGGAUGGAGAGACAAAAAAUCCACAAAUUUCGAGCCAUUUGAGAAGCUUUCCGAGCAAAUGGAGGGCAGUCGUUUCCCACCAGGAUCCAGUACAUACAGUCAAAAUUGUUGAUCAUUUCAUUAUUGAACGAACUGAAGAUAAAAAUGAAUGUGGUGGUAGUGAUUCUAAAGGGCCAGUAGAUCAAUGA